CACGUGACGGCAGCGGCAAGAUGGCGGCGGCGGUGGAGGAGGCCAACAUCGAGUACUCGAAACGAUUGCAGGGCCGACUGGAGCGAGUGAGCGAGCUGGCGCGGUUCACCCAGCACUGCGCCCUGGCCGUGGAGGGCGCACUGAGCGCGCUGGGCUGGAGCGGCGAGGCGGGGGACCCGCAGCGGCCGCCUGAUCCAAUGGUUACUUGUCCAUUUGAUGGAAAUCACAGGCUUCCAAAAUCAUCACUGGAAAAACAUGUUGCCUCUUGCAGGCUAAGAAAACUGGGAUAUUCUAGAGAGGAACAGGCAGAGAUGUAUGACCCCUCAUUUGCCUAUGAGAAGACUCUGGUACCUACCUUUAAAAUGGACAAAGAUUUGCAAACUCGGAUAAUUCAAGAAGCAAGAAGUAAAGCUCCACUUGGAAAAGAAGAGAGAACAUUUUCACAAAGUGAUUAUUCUUCAGUACCUCUUGAAGUUCCUGAGAAUCAUCAACGUUCUAUUUGUGACCUAACUCCUGCGGAUCGCCUGGCUAUUUAUGAACAUGUUGUCAAAGAAACCAGUCAGCAAAAAAACAAAUCUAGGUCUUUUGAAAAUGACAGUGACUUGUACGUGGACCUUGCUGCAAAACUCAGCCGAGAUGAGGAACAGAAAGGACCAAAGUCACACCUUGAAAUUCUUGCUGAAAUGAGAGAUUACAAACGCCGUCGCCAAUCCUACAGAGCCAAGAAUGUUCAUAUAACAAAAAAAUCUUACACAGAGAUAAUUAAGGAUGUAAUUAACGUACACAUGGAAGAACUGUCAAGACAGUGGAAAGACCAGAAUGACUCUGACAAUAUGGAAGAAGAAGGCCAAAGCUCUGUAUGUUUAAAAAGCUCUGCAAUUGCACGUAGACGAAGAUCCAAUGACAAAAUAUCUCCUUCAAUUGAGUCUCCAUCUACUGGAAGUGGUAAAACUGUAGAUCGCGACAAUUGGAAAAGGAAUCGCAGUCGAAGUCCACGGGAGCGGAAAAGAAGUCCAGAAUGGAAUAAGGAGAGAGAUUCAAGGAAAAAGCAAGAGAAAGAGCAUCAAUCUCGCGAUGACGACCGCCAUCGAAGUUACAGACGGCGAAAGUGACUUGGAAAUACUGAUGGAAAGAAAUGAAAUUAAUUAAGAUAUACAAAUGCUGUGUACAAGGACUGAACUUUUUUUAAAACUCGAAAUGAAUGUUACAGUUUGCUAGACAAAAUGACGGUAAAGCUUCAGUGGAACAUCAUUAAGCAUCAUCUGCAUAUAGCCACUAUUAUUUGCUAUCUGAUGUCUCCAGCAAUAAAAACAAGGCCAAGACAGUUCCCAUCAGAAUAUUAUAAAAAUGGAUGUAUAUGCAAUUUAUUUCAAAAUGUUUACAUUGCUCUCCAUAUUUUUUCCACAUUGAGAAUUGUUAUAAUUUUGAAAUCAAUCCUAAAAUGCUGAUUAUUCUGAUUUCUGUCAACUGAUUGUGUAAUUGUUAUAAUUUUUUAAGGUUGUUUUUUUAAUUAAAUGCUUGAUGUAUAAAAUGUAUUCAAGUGUUGAACCAAAUAAAUCUUCCUUGC